AUGUACAACCGAAAAGAAUUUACAGAGCUGAUGUCGCCACGAGGCAUUGGCCUGAUUCUUGCGAGCAUCCGCACCGACUACAAGUUUCCGAUGACGUUUCCGGAUCAGGUCACGGUGCUGCACAAGCUGGUAACAAAGCCAGACAGCACGUCCGACAAGGUCCUGAUGGAAGCGGUUGCUUAUUCACACAAACAUAAACGACCUGCUGCUCGGUUCUUUGAAGAUAUCGCAGUGUACGAUUAUCGAGCAGCGAAGAAGGCGCCCCUCAAGCCCUUCAUGGUGGAGGAGAUGCAGGUUAUGUACGAGUUGCAAGAUCAGCGACGCCACCAGACCGAGUCAAAGGUCCAGGAGCUUCUUCAGUCCAUGGAAGAACUGGAGGUUUAA